AAAAGCUUACUGGUGCUUUCUUCCAACAGAUGUCAAUCAAAAAGUCUUCUCUUUGUGAGACCAGAUUUUCUCAUUUACUUGCAUCCAGAGAACAAGUAUCGUCUGACCAUACCAUGCACAGGAACAUAGCAGAUUUGGAUGAAAAACAAAAUGAUACCAAGGAAAUGCUUAAUAUUCACAAGCAACUCCAAGAAGAAACAGAAAAUAUUAUUCGCUGGAAAGCCUCCACCGAGAUCAAAACAAAACAUUUGGAGCGGCAACUUCAGGAGUCUCAUAACAUCAUUGAAGAUCAACGACGUAACCUGAUGGAUCUCCAACUUCAUUCAGAGCAUUUGUCACAAAGUUUGCUCAAAGAGCGUCAAGAUCGAGAGCUAGUCAGUGCCAAGUAAGAUAUUUUGGAUGGG